GCACCUGGCCGAUGGAAAUCGAUUCGUCGGGUACCGGGUGGGAAACAGCAGCAACAGCAGCAGCAGCAGCAGCAGCAGCAACAACAACAACAACCGCAACCGGCGGCAGCACAUGAGCUUGUGUCGCAGUCUUAGCGCGCUUUACAUCACAUCACACCAAACAAAAUCCUGUUCCUGUUACCCUGUAGUAAGUCAGUCAGUUAGCACUGUCAACCAUGCUUCACCUACUACUAUUACUACUACUACUAUUUCUACUAUACACUUGGCUUUUUCCUUCUUCUGUACCUUUUUUUGUUUUCCAUUAUUUACCUGUAUAUGUAUAUCCCCUCCUCUCUCUCCCAAUAUCUCCCCAUGGGAAUCCGUCUUUCGAAACCCGUGCAACCAGUCAACCAACUCCUUUGCUUUCCUGUAUCUCGUCCAUCAAACCACUCGCCGCACUAUCUGUUCGAACCACAACAAAAUACAAAUAGAUCUAUUGUCUGUUACCCACUGCUUUAUUCUUGAUACAAUCGGGCCUUUGGGUGAUCUAGGUAUUUUAGCCUAUGCGUGUGGUGACAACCCUGCACACUCUACACAUCUAUCAUUAAACGUGUUGCUGUGUCUUGGACUCGUGUCGUACGAAACAUGAGUGUAUGGUGGAACACAACAUGAAGAGUUGUCUUGCUGCUAUUGAUCCAAACACAAUUCUUUCCCGCCUUCUUCACCUUCUUCCGCUACAUUCCAUUUUCGUAUUUGCUCAACUUACCAUAUCCAACCAAAAGAGAGAGAGAGAGAAACCCCCCUCUUUGAAGACAAAUGGGCCCUAUCUUGGACUCGCGUGACUCAAAAGAUCAGGAGAUAAGACAGUGUGUUCGCUGACUGGGAUUGUCACCUUGCACUCGUAAAAGCAUGCUAUUCUCUUACGGAUUAUAAAAAAACCGUUCGAUCCAUGUGGAGAUCGCUUGGGUUGG